AUGACGCUGGCAAUUAUCACUCCUGGCUAUAUUUCCCUAUUAGGGAGAAACUAUGCUGCCAAGACUUCAGAGUCUCCUAAGCCUGGUGAUGUCAGAGGGCGUAUUGUAGCAGUUAUAGGUGCUGUUGUUGAUGUUCAGUUUGACAGAGGCCUUCCUCCAAUUCUCAAUGCCUUGGAGGUGUGGGAUCGGGAAACUAGACUGGUGUUGGAAGUUGCUCAGCACCUUGGUGAAAGUACCGUUCGGACAAUUGCCAUGGAUGGUACUGAAGGCUUGACCCGUGGACAGAAAGUUGUGGACACGGGGGCACCUAUAAAAAUUCCAGUUGGUCCAGAAACACUUGGGAGAAUAAUGAAUGUAGUUGGUGAGCCAAUUGAUGAAAGAGGACCUAUUGCUACCAAACAAUUUGCAGCUAUUCAUGCUGAGGCUCCUGAAUUCCAAGAUAUGAGUGUGGAGCAAGAAAUCCUUGUGACUGGCAUUAAGGUUGUAGACUUACUGGCUCCAUAUGCCAAAGGAGGCAAAAUCGGGCUCUUUGGUGGUGCAGGUGUAGGAAAAACAGUGCUGAUUAUGGAACUUAUCAACAAUGUGGCAAAAGCCCAUGGCGGUUAUUCAGUCUUUGCUGGUGUGGGGGAACGUACCCGAGAGGGUAAUGACUUGUAUAAUGAAAUGAUUGAAUCUGGUGUCAUCAGUUUAAAAGAAGACACGUCCAAGGUUGCUCUUGUGUAUGGUCAAAUGAAUGAACCUCCAGGAGCUCGGGCCAGAGUAGCCUUGACUGGCCUGACUGCUGAAUAUUUUCGUGAUCAGGAAGGACAGAAUGUGCUUCUCUUCAUAGACAAUAUCUUCAGGUUUACCCAAGCUGGUUCAGAGGUAUCUGCACUUCUGGGUCGUAUCCCCUCUGCUGUAGGCUACCAGCCAACAUUGGCUACUGACAUGGGCACAAUGCAGGAAAGAAUAACUACUACAAAAAAAGGAUCCAUUACAUCUGUACAGGCUAUUUAUGUACCGGCUGAUGACUUGACUGAUCCUGCUCCAGCUACUACUUUUGCACACUUGGAUGCUACCACAGUAUUAUCCCGUGCAAUUGCAGAACUGGGUAUCUAUCCAGCUGUAGAUCCUCUGGAUUCCACUUCACGUAUUAUGGACCCUAACAUUGUGGGCCAAGAGCAUUAUGAUGUGGCUCGGGGUGUUCAGAAGAUUCUUCAGGAUUACAAAUCGCUUCAAGAUAUAAUUGCUAUUUUGGGAAUGGAUGAACUGUCCGAGGAAGACAAAUUAACUGUAGCCCGGGCCCGAAAAAUCCAGAGAUUCUUGUCGCAGCCUUUCCAGGUUGCUGAAGUCUUCACAGGCCAUGAUGGAAAACUGGUACCUCUAAAAGAAACAAUCAAGGGAUUCAAGAGCAUUUUAUCUGGUGAAUAUGACCACCUACCAGAACCGGCUUUUUAUAUGGUUGGUCCUAUUGAAGAAGCUGUUGCUAAAGCCCAGAAGCUGUCUGAAGAACAUGUCUAGACUGAUUUACUGUAUGUAAUUACAUCUUGUAAAUUGAAAUGCAUCAAAGCUGUUCCAAGAUUGAACUAGAAAAAAAUUAAAGGCUCUUUUAAAAAGGCAAAUAUUUGGACAGUUCCAUAUGUUGGCUUUUAUUUCAGCUAACUUGCCAUUAGAAGUAGU